AAAUUAAAAGAAUCCGACAAAUACCACUUUUGUUUAAAAGCCACUUCACACAAUUCAACUUGAACCUCUCAAACAUCUCUUCACAAUUCUCAUCUUUAUUUUUUCUUUCAAUUUUGGUUUUUUCAUAAACCAAACAAACUUCACCCUUUGUGCCUCAAAGCACCAAUAGCUAGCUAGCUAUGUCCAACAAGGAGCUAACUUCACCAUUAGGAGAAGCAAAGGUUCCAUUAUUAUUACCACCAACAACAAAUGAAGAUGAAGAAGAACAAGAUCUUACAAGAAAGGUUUGGAUUGAAUCAAAGAAACUAUGGCAUAUUGUAGGUCCUGCAAUUUUCAGCCGUAUUGCAUCCUAUUCUAUGUUGGUCAUCACUCAAGCUUUUGCUGGUCAUCUUGGUGAUCUUGAACUUGCAGCUAUCUCCAUUGCCAAUAAUGUUGUUGUUGGCUUUGAUUUUGGCCUCUUGUUGGGAAUGGCAAGUGCAUUAGAAACACUAUGUGGACAAGCAUUUGGUGCAAAACAAUAUUACAUGUUAGGAGUGUACAUGCAAAGAUCAUGGAUAGUACUUUUCAUAUGCUGUAUUUUCCUUCUCCCAAUAUACCUUUUCGCAACACCAGUUUUAAGACUAUUGGGACAACCAGAAGAUUUAGCAGUAUUAUCAGGACAAGUUUCAAUCUGGAUGAUACCAUUGCACUUUGCAUUUGCGUUUCAAUUUCCUCUCAAUAGAUUCUUACAGAGUCAACUUAAAACCGGUGCUAUAGCUUGGGUUUCUCUCUUUUCAUUAUUGGUGCAUGUUUUUGUUAGUUGGUUGUUUGUGUUUAAGUUUCAGUUUGGUGUUAUUGGAACUGCUGCUACUCUCAAUUUUUCUUGGUGGGCUCUUACUUUUGGGCUUUUUGGUUACACUGUUUGGGGUGGGUGUCCUUUAACAUGGAAAGGCUUUUCCAUGGAGGCUUUUUCCGGACUUUGGGAAUUUGUUAAACUCUCUGCUGCUUCUGGAGUUAUGCUAUGUUUGGAGAAUUGGUAUUACAGAAUUUUGAUAUUGAUGACUGGAAACCUACCAAAUGCAGAGAUUGCAGUAGAUGCUUUGUCCAUAUGUAUGACAAUAAAUGGUAUGGAGAUGAUGAUUCCACUGGCAUUCUUUGCAGCCACAGGAGUGAGGGUUGCAAAUGAACUUGGAGCUGGAAAUGGGAAAGCAGCAAAAUUUGCUACUAUAGUUUCUGUGAUAACAUCAUUAAUAAUAGGACUUUUCUUCUGGAUGUUGAUUUUGAUAUUGCACAAUAAAUUUGGCUACAUAUUCACCACUAGUAAAGCUGUUCUUGAUGAAGUAGGCAAGCUUUCUCUUCUAUUAGCCUUCACAAUUCUUCUCAACAGUGUUCAACCAGUUCUAUCAGGAGUGGCUGUCGGAUCGGGGUGGCAAUCAUAUGUUGCUUACAUAAAUUUGGGUUGCUACUAUAUUAUUGGGGUUCCUCUUGGAUUUAUAAUGGGUUGGGUCUUUAAUCAAGGAGUUAUGGGAAUCUGGGCAGGGAUGAUUUUUGGAGGAACAGCCACUCAAACAUUGAUAUUGUGUUGGAUUACACUUCGGUGCGAUUGGGACAAAGAGGCAGAGAAAGCAAAACUGCACAUAACAAAGUGGUCGGAUCGAAAACAACAACUUAGAUAGAUAAAUAUUGAAUAUCAGUGUAAAAUUAAUUUGUACCUUUUAUUUAAGAGAUAAAAGUUUUUGGUAAAAAAUAGAAGAGAUAAAAGUUGAAGAACUUCUUGGUUCGUCAAUUCUUUUAUGGGCUUGUCUCUUGGUAACCAAAAUUGAUAGGAAUUGGUAUUAAUUUGUACCGGGCUUUUUAUUAUUACUAUUUGUACACUGGGGCUAUAUUCAUCCAAAUUAGUAUAUAAUUAUGAUUAUUCAUUCUUCAAUAAAUUAUAUAAUUCUCUUAAA